UCCUGCACUUAUUUUGAAGUGCAACUUCCGGUCGUGAGUCCCAGCGACUUUCUCCACCGCAGGUCGUCCGUCAACAAACUGAAGAAACGGAGGACAGCAUUCAGGUGAAUUGUCCUCAACACCUGGAUGACAUGAGUCUGGAUUCAAGGUGAUUAUAGAGUUGGGAACAGGUGCUUUAACAACAGUGAUGGAGGAGCCGUUAGCAGGCAGUUCCUGCUCGUCUGAUCCGGACAGUCCUGGAGGUCUGAACCGAGGCUGCCUCCUCGACCCGGCUGAAGUCCUCUACCAUGAUCUCUCCAUCAUCGUCCCAGAAACACCCAGCCCUGAGCUUGGCAAACGGAGGAGACGCGGUCGCAUAACAGAGGAACAUUUCAGUCCUGUGGCCGUUGGCGGAUCUCCAGGAGGACCUGAACUCUCACAUAAAUCCAAACGCAGACGCCUCGCUGCAGCGAUGGGAGAGCAGAGCGUCGGCUUUGUUCCGGCUUCAUCUCUCAGGACGUUUUCUCUGGACAGCUGGCUGGAGGCCCCGCUGUCCACCGCGUGCUCCUCCUCCUCUUCCUCCUCCUCCUCCUACCUCACACCAAUAUCAGAGGAGGAAGUGGAGGUGGCUUCUACUGUGGCGGGCUCCACAGUAGAAGCCAGUCCUGCUUGUCUCAGCCGGAGGAUGACGCCAGCGAGGGCUUCAGCAUCAUCACCACCGUCCACCUCCGAGUCUCUGUCCUUCCUCACUGCAGAGGAGAGGAGAUGGCUGAAUGGCGAGCAAGGAAACACCUCGACAGCAGCACCGGAGGAGAUCGUCAUCAGUGACGAUGAGGAGGCUGUGGUUCGCUCGGUUCAGGAGGAGGAAGACCAGGCGUUGGCUCGAAGCCUGCAGGCCGUGUUUGACCGAGAGGAGUCACACCAGUACCACCACCAUCUUCAUCAGCUUCACCACCAUCAUCUUCAUCAGCAGAGCCACCACGGGUACUACCCGUAUAUGGAGCCCGGCUGGAUGCCUCAUUUACUGGCUGCUGUCUCUCCGCUGGUCAACUUUGAAGACGAUCUGAUUGGUCAACACAGGAGACGUGGGCGGGGCAGACGGAGGAACACCCAGUCUGAGCUUUCAGAAGACCAUCAGGGGAACGACUACGAGGCUCUUCUGGCGUUCGAGGAGCGUCAAGGAUCCGUCGUGUCCAAAAAGAUGAGUCGGAGGGAAAUCCAGAGGUUUCCCACCAAAACCUUCAAGUCUGCCAACAGCUGCGAAAACACUCAGUGUCAGAUCUGUUUCUGUGACUACACUGAUGGCGAGAAGCUGAGGAUGUUGCCCUGUUUCCAUGACUACCACGUCCAGUGUAUCGACCGAUGGUUAAAGGAUAACACCACCUGUCCCAUCUGCAGAGCUAACCUGGCUGACGGCGCCGCCCUCGCCCCCCAGCCCCUCUGACCUCUGACCUUAGCGCCUCCUCCGGGCCGAGGCGGCGUCUCUACUGUGUUCUACUGUGAGCUGACAGCUUUGUUUUAGUCUUACUGUAGUUUGAUGGAGGACAACUCGUCUUUUUUAUACUUUUAUUUAAUUGUUUUUCCGUCAUCCGUUACAGGAACAAAACAAUAAACCUUUAAAGCUGC